GUACAUUGUACAUUUAGGAGACACAAUGUGUAUCAGAAAUGCGAAUUAUGGGCAUAUUUUUCAGGCAUCUAUUUAUCUAUUUGGUUUCAUGAUACGCAUCAUCGAGGCCAGCUUGCCGCCAGGAAUUUCCGAUUUGGUGGGGCAGACGCGGAUGCAUGCGGUAUGCUGCCAUUGUUGGCUUGUAUUUUCGGGUUUCCUAUAUUUCCAUCAGAUGGCAGAUGAAGGAUGAUCAUUUUUUUUUGUUAAGUUGCUAGUCACGGCGCAGUUGACGAUAUCCG